AUGGAGGUGGGUAGAGAAGAAACAGAGGAAAGUGGUAAAGGAACAUGGAAGCACGCUGCUUUUCAUGUUGCCACCACUAUUGCCACCCCUGCUGCUUAUGCCCCUUUGCCCUUCGCUCUUGCUUCUCUCGGUUGGCCUCUUGGUGUGACUAGUCUGGUGAGUGCAACACUAGCCACCUGGUACUCUAGCUUUUUGAUCGCUUCUUUGUGGAAAUGGAAUGGGGAAAAGUACCUUACCUAUAGACAUCUUGCACAUAGUAUUUUCGGAUUCUGGGGGUACUGGUCUAUUGCCUUUUUUCAGCAGGUAGCUUCUCUGGGAAAUAACAUUGCCAUCCAAAUUGCAGCUGGAAGCAGCCUUAAGGCAGUUUACAAGCACUAUCACGAGAAUGGAGCAUUGACCCUGCAGCAUUUCAUUAUUUUCUUUGGAAUCUUUGAACUACUUCUCUCCCAGCUCCCAGAUAUUCACUCACUGAGAUGGGUAAAUGCAUUGUGUACUUUCAGCACAAUUGGCUUUGCUGGUACAACCAUUGGUGUUACCAUUUACAAUGGGAAGAAAAUUGAUAGGACAUCAGUAAGAUAUAGCUUGCAGGGUAGUUCUGCUUCUAAGUCCUUCAAUGCCCUUGGGACCAUUGCUUUUUCAUUCGGUGAUGCAAUGCUUCCAGAAAUACAGAGACUCCAAAAAACCUUAGUGUUGUGGCUGAAAUCGCAGGCGCAGACCGGUUUUUAA